CUAUAGGGUGCGGGUUUGCUUUUGCGGAUUCCUCUCGCUGGGCCCGACCCGCGAUCUCCCGGGCUCCACUCGCUUCGCCUAGUUCUAGCUCAUCCGCACCCGCACCGAUUUCUGCCCCAGGCACGCACUCUCACCCUGACGUGACCAGAAUCAAGGUUCUCGAACUACACGUCCCCCUCCGCCCCCUGGGACGAUAAAAGUUCUCGAGCGAACUAGACAGACAGAACCCCAGAGGCAGCGUCUGCGGCAGAUAUCCCCGUUUGACGUGAGACAUGGUAGCGCCUAUGAAGGGCCAAGUGUGUGUGGUAACUGGUGCCUCCAGGGGUAUUGGCCGUGGCAUUGCCUUACAGCUCUGCAAAGCAGGGGCCACAGUGUACAUCACCGGGCGCCAUCUGGACACCCUUAAAGCUACUGCCCAGGAGGCACAGUCCCUCGGGGGCCGGUGUGUGCCGGUGGUGUGUGAUUCAAGCCAGGAGAGUGAAGUGAAAAGCCUAUUCGAGCAAGUCGAUCGGGAGCAGGAGGGACGGCUAGAUGUGCUGGUCAAUAAUGCCUAUGCUGGUGUCCAGGCAAUCCUGAACACCCUCAACAAGCCGUUCUGGGAAGCACCUGCCUCCCUCUGGGAUGAUAUAAACAAUGUUGGACUCAGAGGCCACUACUUGUGUUCUGUGUAUGGGGCACGGCUGAUGGUACCAGCUGGCAAAGGACUCAUCGUGGUUGUCUCCUCCCCCGGGGGGCUGCAGCAUAUGUUCAAUGUCCCUUAUGGUGUGGGCAAAGCUGCGUGUGACAAGUUGGCUGCUGACUGUGCUCACGAGCUACGGCGUCAUGGAGUCAGCUACGUUUCUCUGUGGCCAGGGUUUGUGCAAACAGAACUGGUGAAGGAGUUUAUAGAAAAACAGGAAGAACCAGAGGAUCCUGUGUUUAAGAAGGCCAAAUCAGAUUUCUCAUCGGCAGAAACCACAGAAAUGAGUGGCAAGUGCGUGGUGGCCUUGGCAACAGACCCCCAUAUCCUGGACUUGAGCGGGAAGGUGCUGCCAUCCUGUGACCUUGCCCGGCGCUAUGGCCUUCGGGAUGUAGAUGGCCGCCCUGUCAAAGACUAUUUUUCUUUGAGCUACAUCCUCUCGCAUGUCUCCAGCCUGGGAUGGCUGACCUCCUACCUGCCUGGCUUCCUCCGUGUGCCCAAGUGGAUUGUCACCCUUUACACCAGCAAAUUCUAAGCUCCUGGCCUGCUGUCCCAGCCAACCAGGUCCUCUUGUCACCGAGGCUCAGGUGUUGGGGCUGUCUCAGUGAAACAAGGUAGUACUCUCACGCACCCAUGUCCUCCUGGGAGAGAGGACAGAUGCCGGGCACCUAGUGAGUUCUGGGGGCUCCAAUAGACUCUUUGUGCCUUCGUCUUCCCUGUCCCUACAGUACUGAAAAGUCCUUAUAAACAGAAGCUAAUAAAGGUCUUACCUCCCCUUCA